UGAACGCGCAGGGCUCGUGAGCGGAGUUUAGUGCGUGCACUCAGUAGAGAGCAUGACUGCGGACCAGACAGCACUAGUUAGUCAGAUUUAGCUGCUGGUUGGAGCAGUUAGUCUCUGGGAAUAUGCAGAUGGAACUUGAAGUGCAUCUCCAAAUCUUAUUGGCUGUUGGCCUGGCCGUUCUCUGUUUCUGCCUGGUGAUUGGCUGCAUUGUCUGCUGUUGGCAUCAGAAGUCCCGCCCCACGGAUGACAAAGAGGCGGGGCUUUCCUUACCCCCUCUACCUGCAGAUCAUGUGACGGUGACUCUAAGCCCCUCCCCUUCCAUUGACACUCUGCCAAUCAAACAGCAGUACGAAGAGCUGGACGGAGACGUUCUGGACUAUCCCUCAUUUAACAGCUGCUCGACGCCGUCUGAAGACGAUCUUUCUUUACCAUCGCAUCCUCCGAAGUCUCGUUUCAAUCUACGGCGGCUCAGCUCCCCCGCCGUCCCCUACAAACCCUCUAAACCUGUCCGUGGUCGUUCCUCACUCCCGACCAUUCCUAAACUCAGCCUGGCUGGGAAGUCACGUAAAAGCAGUGAUAAUGUUUCGGAAAGCAGCAGGCUGAACGCUGACAGCGGCCGAUAUUACGGCUCUGGCUCUCACAAAGCCACACCUUCCCUUCGCUUCAGCCUUCUCUUCUCUCCAGCAGAGGGCAGGCUCACCGUCACCGUUCUGGGUCUCUACCGAGGCUCUAGGAAACUAAGUGGGACUACGGUGAAGGCUUGUCUGCCUCCGAUCUGCCUUGCACCGAUUCCGGGCGGCCCUAAGCGCAGACACAGCCUCGGUCCAGAGGCUCCGGCGCAGGUGUUCCAGCUGCAGGUGAGGUCAGCAGAGGAGCUCCAGUCCUGUACCCUCAGGCUGACCGUGUCCAGCAAGGAUUUCUCAGGUCUGAGGGAGACGGCUUUGGGCGAACUCGAACUUCCAUGUGCUGAAAUCCAUUGGGAACCCGAUUGCACGGUCACCUUCAAUCGGCAGCUCAACCCUGCGAGGAGGAGGCUGAGGAAGAGUCAGAGUUCCCAGGAUGCAGUGGGGCACGCCGGGGCUUCUGGGUGUCCGGUGCGGUUUCUGGGUCAGAUCCUGAUUCUGCUGCAGUAUCAGACGCUGGCACAUCGUAUGAAGCUGAUGGUGAGGAAAGCUGAGAACCUGCCCAAACUCAGCAGGAUGCCUGGCGCUCCAGAUCACUACGUCGUCAUCAAGCUGCGUCGGGACGGUGAGGUCAUCAGCACUAAGGAGACGAAGGGCGCCAGCGGAGCGAACGCGGUUUGGAACGCACCCUUUCUGUUCGAUCUGCCUCCUGGUGACAUCAGCCGACUACCGCUGCUCCUGGAGGUCAUCGUGAUGCAGGGACGGCUGUACACCAAGAGUUGUAUUCUGGGUCGUGUUCUGAUUGGCUGCGGAGGUUCAGAGGCGGGAAGCCAGCACUGGAGUAAGAUGUGCAGCAGGCCGCAGGUGGAGACGGCAGGCUGGCAUGAGCUCCAACCAAGCCCCUUAUAGGCUGGUAAAGCUUGAUUGACAUGUCCCCGAACCAAUCAGAUCGCUCACUGUUACGCUGCUCAGUUCUUCAAACAUUUUGGGAUAGAACUCUGGAACCCGGUUUGAGGAGACUUGAGGAAAGUUUGUGUUGGAUUUGUUUGCUAAAAUCUCUAAUGUAGGGUACAACGGGGCUAAACGCGCCUUUGAUAUUAUUUUCAUCUAAAACACAAAAACAUGGCGUAGCACUUACCAAGACAUCCGCUUUUCAAGGUGCAGGUGUAUAUUUGUCUGAACCUUGACGCGAUCGCGCACAGUGAUUCUGUGCUUACUUGAUCUAAUAUUUUAUGUUUUUUAAAGUGUUGUAUAUUUAAGUAGCAAAUGAGAAUCACUAAAAUUAAUGCAUAUCUUUUGUGACAAAGGUCUUCUUUAUGAUUUUCAGCUUUGUUUAAGAUAAUUAAUGCAACAGUUUUUAAAUAACGAAGAAUAUGUAAAAGUAUGGUAUUUGGGGUAAAAAGCGCCCCUGCUGUUGGGGCUGAAGGCGCACAGUAAUUAACAUGAUAAUUAAUAGAUUGCUGACUUUUCCAUUUGUUGACAUGGUUAGAUUCAGAUGGUAAAUAUCAUAUUUUAUGUUGGGUUUCCAUAUUAGAGAUAAUCACCAUGUUUAGAAUGAAACCAUUAUAUUUAAAAACAUGAUAUUAAUCAUAUCAUAUAAUAAAAUAUAAUUUGUUUUUACUACUGUAAAUAUAUAUUCAAUUAUUAUUGGAUCUCCUUCUUUCAUUAUCUUUACUUAUUAAAAUGAUUUUGUUUCUGUAUUUUAAAAUAUCUUUUUUAUAUUAACAUUUUAAUGACAGUAUAUUUAUUGAACAAAAAUUCAUUAUUUUAUUUUUCAAAAUAAGCAGAAAAUAGUACAAACUUUGCUAAAGUGAUUGUUUUGAACAAGUAUUAACUUAGACAUUAUUUUAAAAACCAUUAUUUAAAAGUCCCCCUUGCCACCUCAUACAUUUAUAAGAUUUUUAAACAAAAUAAACAACUUGAAUGAUUUAUUUCCACAAAAUCUGUUGCUCCAUUAAUGUUCAAUAUAACAUGUAUAUUUAUUUAUGUGCAGUGAAUAGCACAUUUGUUCUUAAGGUGGGCCUUUAUCCCCGUCGUGCGCUACAGCAUCACUGCAGGGUGUCAAUUAUGGCUCAUUAAUAAAAGCAGAAUAAAUCAGAUGUUGCUCUUGCACUAAAGUGAACUCAUCGUGUUGUUGCUGCUGUUAACUAAACAAGUUUUUGGUCAUUGAAGUAAAUCUAAAAUCAAAUAAAAAUAUUGGAUGGAAACUAAACUUAAAUUUUUUUAAGUUAAAAAUGUUACUUAAAUAGAAAUGAAAAUAAAUUAAAGUUAAUAAAAUGCUAAAAAAGAUGAAUAAAAAAGGCAAAAAGCACAAAAGUUAUUAUUAUAACUUUAAAAAUUAAAAGUAAAAUAUAGCAAUACAAAAAGAAAAGCCCAUUCAAAAUAUGAAUGUCAUAUAAUAUUUACUGCUGUCAAACGAUUAAUCGCAUCCAAAAUAAUAUAUAUGUGUGUGUACUGUUUAUUUAUUAUGUAUAUAUAAAGACACACACAUACAGUAUAUAUUUAGAAAAUAUUUACAUGUAUAUAUUUAUAUUCUUAUAUUUUAUAUUAUAUCUAAAUAUAUAAACCUAACAUAUUUUUCUUAAAUAUGUACGUGCAUGUGUUUGUAUUUAUAUAUUCACAGUACACACUCAUAUAUUCCGUAAACAAAACUUUUAUUUUGGAUGUGAUUAAUCACAGCACUAAUGUAUAAAUAAUAAUAAAAUAACACUAAGGGUUGCUUAGAGCUACUACAAUUGUUAUGAUUGUAGUGAUAUUAAUGUUAUCUUUCAGAGUGGAAAUCUGACUCCGACCGGGACGGUGGUAUGAUUCUGUGGCGUUUGUGUCACACUCGAGAGAUCUGUGGCGCAAGCACAAUCUCAUCCGAAGCAAAGAUGCAACUAAAUGUUAAUGAUGUGGUUAGGAAGAAUUAUGAAUUUCAGAAACCACUGCGUUUGCAAAUCCAGCUAUUUUUAAACCCCCAAUACUCACCGAGGCGUAAACAAAACCCACAGACUGUGUUUUAAUGCAAUUCCAUGCAGCCGAACGGCUUUAUUAUGCAGCUGAAAUGUGUCUGUGCCUUUUUCUCAGGAUUUUUGGUUUUUCCGCAUUGGGUCAAUAAUAUUUCAGUGUUUUCAGAUGAAAUCAAAUUAACACACUCUAAUACAAACAAGAGACAUGAUUUAUGAUCAUAUAUGAUGAGAUAAAGUCGCCGAGGUUCAAAAUAAAUAUGAAAGAAUGAUAUAAUAGGUCGUUUAUAUACAGUGCAUUCAGAAAGUAUUCAGACCCCCUUCCCUUUUCAGUUUUAUGUUGCAGCCUGAUACUACAGUUGUUUCAAUUAUUUUUUUUUCUCAUUCAUCUACACUCCGUACCUCAUAAUGACAAAGUAAAAACAGAAUUUUAGAAAUGUCUGUAAAUUUAUUAAAAAGAAACGCAUGAAAUAUGAGGUCUGAAUACUUUCUGAAUGCAUGCUGAAGCACAGGUGUAUUUUCUGUUUGUAAAUGUGGCUCAUGUUGGAUUCACAUUCUUUUCAGAUGAUGAUGAUGAUGAUGAUGAUGAUGAACAUUUGAACUGUAGCUAAAGAACAAGCCAGUAAUUAACGGUAAUCUUUAGAUCUGAACUAGACCCUAUAUCUCCAGCGUUAUAUGGAAGUCUUGUAAUGCAAACUAAAUCUUUUAAUUUUUGUUUCACUUUUCCUCAACUCAAAGUAUUGGGAAACUUAUGUGAACACCAUUUCAAACAAAUUCAUUGCAAGUACUGUAUUUUUUUUAGUUGAAAAUCUUGUAGAGUAGAAAAAAUGUUGUUUGAUGCACCUUUAACUUAAAAAGGGCAUCUGUUUGUUAACAGUUUUUUUUAAAGCAUGUCUGUUAUGUCAUGAUGGACAUUUGUUAUAGAUGUCAUUGAUUAAAAUACUGCUUUAUAGUCUGAUUUACAACUGCACAAAUCUUGUAGCUUUGGUUCUGUGUAAAUGCUGCAUCAGCGCCGCCUAAACCACAGUCGAGCAGUGAUGAGGUUUACAGAAACAGUUCACUUGAAAAUUAAAAUCUGAGAUCAGGAUGAGUGUGUCUUCAUCAGGUUUGUAGAAAUGUGUCUCUGCAUCAGUGUCUCAGCAAUGGAUGCUCUGCAGUGAAUGGGUGCCGUCAGAAUGAGAGUCUGAUAAAAACAUCACAAUAAUCCACAGCACUCCAGUCCAUCAGUUAACAUCUGGACGUCUUAAUGCUGGAUGUGUUUCAGCUUCUGUCUUCUCCAGAUGUUAACUGAUGGACUGGAGUCGUGGAUUAUUGUGAUGUUUUUAUCAGCUGUUUGGACAUUUUCAGCACAUUUUCGUUUUUUGGGUGAACUAUGUAUUUAAGCUGUUUGUUGACAAUCUUGUUUUCUGUUUGAAAGUGUAAUUCAUUGAUUAUGAUUCCUGUGCAAAUGCUUUUAUGUGUUUCUUUGGCUCAUCUGAAAGAACUGAGAAAAAAAAAACACUAAUUCACCUGUUUACCUACAAAAGUCUGUCGCUUGUUAAAUGGUGUGGUAUUUAUAAAAAUACGAGUGUA